UGCUGUCUCUACGUGCCACGUGCCAGGCCAGAUGGCCAGAAACAAAAUUAAUUAAAUUUACCUACAUCUACCAAAUUAAAUAAAUAAGUGGAAAAUUCUUGAAUCUUAAAAUUGUCAAUUAAAGUUUAAAUAUUUGUAUAUUUAUUACUUCAAUGUAACAUAACCAGUGUCAGUGCUAGAAAUUAAAACUACUUACUACCCAAAUAAAAAUAUGUAGUAAAUUGGUGUUAUGAUUGAGAUGUACAGAAUGAAUUAAGGAAUACAAUUUUAGUUAUCUAUUUUUUAACACUUAACAAUAUGGAAGAAGUUUUACCAAGCACGAGUACUGAAGUCGAAUCUGAGGAUAUAUCAGAAUAUGAACCUGAACCAGUAGAAAAAAUAAACAAGCCAAUAAAUAUGGCCCCGGGUGCAGUUAAGCUACGUUCUUGGCUUAAUAAAACAUUCAGAAUUGAGAUGACGGAUGGUCGAGUUCUUAUAGGAGUCUUUUUGUGUACUGAUAGGGACGCAAAUAUUAUUCUAGGGUCUUGCUCUGAAUAUUUACCAGCAGAUAACAAGACAAAAGCAUUGAAUGAAGAACCUAGAAUGUUGGGCCUUGUAAUGAUUCCCGGUAAACAUAUAGUCAGUGUACAUAUUGAUGUCAAUGAGUAUGAUCCUGGAGUAUAUAAUCCUUUAAGUAAAAAUGUUAGUUCUGAUGAUGUCAUGUAACUAUUUCGUAAUAUAUAAUUUUACAGAAUGUAUAGUAGCGAAUAUAAUUGUUCAUAUUGCA